GAUCAUGCAUGCAGCUGCUACAUUGCACUUGACAUCUUGGAACAGCUGCUGCACAGAACUCGGAAACUGCUUAGGGCUUGUGACAAAUUUAUAAAACAGAAAUGUACUUUUUCUAGUAUAGUAUGAACUGAACAUGUUCUUUUCUUCGUAAUAUUAGCUUUUUUUGUUUUUGUUUGUUUUCCAUUCCUUUCAAACCUUUUCCCACCAAAAACAGUAUGUCAAUUUCUUGAGAAAAGAAAAAAAAACUGCAGUCUAAAUGUUCAAUUAGAUAUUCAUUGAAAUUUUAUUGCAACACAGAAGAUGUUUAAUGAUUAGCUUUAAAACAUUUAUUCUGCUGUCGUUCAUACAUUCCUUGUAAAAUGAAGCUGUAAAGAGAAUUUAAUCCAUUAAAGCCAAAACGCAAUUUGUUUCUCCUAAACAGCAACCUGACAAAAAAUUCCGAUAGCAUUAUUCUCUCCUACCAGCAUGUUUGCACAGGAAAAAAUACUGGAACGGCAGCAAUCAAACAGUUUUUUUUUCGUUAGUAAUAUUUUAUACGAAGUGUGUGGAUAGUAACUGGAAAAGAUAAUAUAAAAUAAAAAAUAUACAUAUUAUAAAGAGAUGAAUCAAAACAAAUAUGUUUAGUAUUCAAUAAAUGAUUAUAACUGGAUUAUUGGUUUGUAAAAUUGUGAAUUUAUAGUUCACAUUUACCGACAUUUUCACCAAGAUCUAUAAUUUGCAGUUUUUAUCCCGUGUUUUGCAGUGUUAUAUGUGUGUCAAAAGUUAAGAAAUAUACAAUAUAUAAUUUCAAUUGAGCAGACGAUAUAUUAAAAAAACACAAAAAAAAACAAACAAACAGGAAUUACUUGAUAUAUUUGAAUUACAGGUGCUGGUAGAAAAUAAAAUAUAGAUAAUACACAGAAUAUGAAUUUUUUAGUUAAUUUUUGGCAGAAAAAUACUACCGAAACAAUCAGAGAUUAUAAUUUUACAGAAAAUGUGACAAAACAGUUAUUAACUGCAGAGGAUCUUUCAAUGGAUAUGACUAAAGCGGUGCUUCCGGUUACAUUGAUGAUUGCAGUUGAAGCCGUGUUUGGAACGCUUGGAAAUAUAUUUAUUCUUAUAGUUUACUACAAGUGGUAUAAGAUUUGUAGUUUUCGAUGUUUUGUGCUGUAUAUGGCAUUGAUAGAUCUGACUAGUGCCUUAACGACGCUCCCGGGAGAGAUUGUAUCCCAGACUAACUGGUACAGUUAUCCAUCUAGCUCCCUGUGCAAGGCGAAAUCGUUUUUUAACGUAUUUACUGUUUGGUCAGCAGGACUUAUUCUGUUUCUCCUUGCUUAUGACAGAUAUAGGAAAAUAUGUCAUCCACUAUCUUGGCAGAUUCCUGUAAGAAUUUCAGCAAGGCUAUGUUUCUCAUGUAUCAUGUUUUCACUUGUAAUAGCUUCACCAACGGCUGUUUUCUGGGGAAAACAAAAUUACGAUUAUAUCUAUGGAAACUAUUCGAUACGCGUUUGUAUAUGUGAAAAAGCAGACUCCUAUGCGUAUGAUAUAGUUCCAUUUUUCUACGUUCUGUGUGCUGUUGUAGCACCAAUGUUUUUUAUUAUGUUUACCACAGCAAUACUUAAUAUAUGUACAGGACGGAAAUUGCUAAUAGGCCUGAAACAGAAUAAUAGUUUACAAAAUGGUGCUUGUCGGAUGUCAGCGGUCAGUAAUGAUGACAACAGUUUUCAAUUUUCUAGCCCUGAUCUCGGGAGUGAUGAUUCGUACCACCAUUAUACACCCAAGAGGAGAUCUAGCUUCCCUGCUGGUAAAUCUACUCUUCGGAGAAAACUUUUGUCGGAUCCUAUACCUCUCUAUCAGCAUUCAGGGAGGCAGCUGGAGGUCAUACCUGAAAACAAAAACGGACUGUUAUACCAUAAAAAACAAACUCAUAUUGAGCUUUUUCCUAAAAGGAAAGUGAAACUAAAUCGUGGAAAAUUUUUCUCCGAUUCUCAUGCUUUUGACCCGCAGAGGUCUCUGAGACGUCUGAACAUGUGGCAAAAUAGGUAUCUAAGAAAUCGUCUCAGUGCCAGGCGAAGGAAAACAUUGAUAAUGCUUAUUCUAUCAGGUGUAUUUAUUGUGACAAUGUCUUUAUACCUAGGCCUAGUAUGCAUGGUAGCAAAUACCGAAGGUGUGUUAAGGUCUCUAACAAAAUUACAGAAAGUUCAGUUUUUCUUUUUCUGGAGACUUUAUUUUAUCAAUUCACUUAUAAAUCCUUUGUUGUAUGGUUUCAUGGACCAGCGAUUCAGAAAAGGCCUUGUACGACUGUUCUGUAGUAGAGCUUAUUAUCUGCGGAAAUAUAAUCAGGACGUUUUCGCAAACUGAUGUUAUUAUAACUGUUUUAAAUGUGUAUUAUAAGUGUAUUAAAUAUGAUUAUUAACAUUGUACACAUCGCAUGAUUUUACGCGUGUCUUUAAAACAUGUGGCCUUUUGUUAUG